UUGAACUCAGAUACGUUUAGCAAUGAAAUGGGUAAACAUGUCAUGUUGAUAAAAUUAUAUUAUCAUAAACUAGUCUGUGUGUAGAUGUUGUUACGGAAUAUCAGGGAUUGUUAUAGCAAAGUGUUCAGAAUGAGUCGUGUACCAAACCCAGCGAAGGCUGCUAUCAGAGAGGAGAUCGAAAAGAGAUUGGCAACUCUCACAAACGAGGAAAAGAAAAGACAGUCGGAUAUUGUUUUUAAUAAGUUAAUCAAGCAUCCGUUUUAUAAAUCCGCGAAUAGGAUCUCGGUAUUCAUGAGCACGCCCACCGAGGUGGACACGGCGCCCAUCAUAGAGCACGUCAAGGCUAAGGGCGGACAGGUGUUCGUGCCGCAGUACGCCGGCGGCGUCAUGAAGAUGUUGAAGCUGGAGACGGGAGACGAGCGCGACAUGCCGGCCACGAGGCACGGCAUACGACAACACGCGAAACACGCGCCCAGAGAAGACGCCUUGGAGAAAGGAUUAGAUCUGAUCAUAGCUCCUGGCGUCGCCUUCUCCCAGGACGGUGGUCGCGUGGGUCACGGAGGGGGAUACUAUGACAGAUACAUCAGCAACCUCAGAUCCCACCCCGGAACAGCGCCUAAAAUUCUAGCCGUCGCGUUCAAGUGUCAAGUGUUAGACGAUGUCCCUAUGGACGAAUCAGACCAAAGAAUCGACGAAGUCUUAUUUUCGGAAGACUGAUGUGAAAAAAAUAUUUAAACAACGGACACGUUUAUUAAAUUCUGUUUUAACUGUGACAUAUAAAUUCUAUUAUUUGAUUAUUUUUUAUAUAAUAGCAUUUUAUAAAUUCUGUGUUGUAUUUAAUUAACCAUGUUUAUACACAUAUUAAUCGAGUCACGUAAUCUUCAAUCGAUUAUAAUGAAUGUGAAUCAUUGUAUACGCUUCGUUAUUAUAGUCUCAGAAGUUUUAAUUCAAUUGAAAAUAUAUAUUUGUUGUAUUCGAAAUAUUUUAUAGCCAUUAAGGAUAAAUAAAAUACUUUUUUUGCUAAAA